AUUUUUCUCGAUGGGCACAGCUCUCAUAUGUUCAAUCUGGAGUUUUUAUCGGAGUGCAUGAAGUCUGACAAAGAUAUUACCGUUGUCAUACUGCCGUCUGGUCAGACCGGGAAGUUGCAACCCAUGGAUCUGAAGGUGUACGGCCCUGUUAAAAAAUAUCGGCGGGAUUAUUUGCGACUGAUGACCCUUAUCGCUGAAGAAGAGGUUAACAAACAAAACUUCGCUCGUCACCUUGUGAAAAAAUGGGAUGAAUUUAACAUGGCCGCCAAUAUUAUUUCUGGGUUUGCUUUUUCCGGAAUUUAUCCUUUCAACCCGGAUGCGGUCUGCCGAGCUUACGUAGAGCCCGUUCCAAGCCAAUUUCUAUCAGACGUUCCCAUUUCUGUUGCCACCGUAUACGUGAGCGAGCUGGAAGUUAUACGCACAAAUCUUCGAAAAAUUCCACUUUUGACUGAAGGACAGAUAGAAGAGAUUGUGGCGUUCACAAUCUCUAAAGCAGAAGGUUUUCUUCCAUCGGUUGCAGCUGACAAAGUGGCUGCAGAUUGGCACCAUAAUUUCAUGAGCGCUCAUCCUCAGAAAAAGAGAAAACUUAAAGAUUCUCGUCUGCGCGCCGAAGCAGGGCUUAUUGCGACGGACAGUAAAGUAAUCGCAGCGCUCGAGCAACGGGAAGCAGAAAAACUGCUGCAGAAAAAUAAGCGAAAAAGAAACACUCGUAGCGGACUCAGCGAUGUGACAAAUACUCCGACUAAAAUUAAAAAUCUUUCAGAAUGGGUAAAAAGUGAGUCCUCUGAAAUUUCACAUGUGGUUCUACAAAGUCAAAGUUUUACUGUAAGAAAUAAAGUGUGCGGUAUUACUGGGGUGAUUAUUUGUAUUAAAUGUGAUGUGUUUACCAGCACUGACAAACCUGGGUGGUUGCCCGUGUUGCACGGGCCGGGCAUGGUUAUCAGAUUCUCUCGCUAGUUUUUUUGUCUAUCACAUGUACUAAGCUC